AUGCGCCCCGCACGGGCGCGCUGCGGCGGGCGGCCAUGAAGCGGCAGAACGUGCGGACCCUGAGCCUCAUCGCCUGCACCUUCACCUACCUGCUGGUGGGCGCCGCCGUCUUCGACGCGCUGGAGUCCGACCACGAGAUGCGCCAGGAGGAGCGGCUGCGGGCCGAGGAGGCCCGCAUCCAGGGCAAGUACAACAUCAGCCGCGACGACUACCGCCAGCUGGAGCUGGUCAUCCUCCAGGCCGAGCCCCACCGGGCCGGCGUCCAGUGGAAGUUCGCCGGCUCCUUCUACUUCGCCAUCACCGUCAUCACCACCAUCGGCUAUGGACACGCGGCCCCUGGCACCGAUGCGGGCAAGGCGUUCUGCAUGUUCUAUGCCGUGCUGGGCAUCCCGCUCACGCUGGUCAUGUUCCAGAGCCUGGGUGAACGCAUGAACACCUUCGUCAAGCACCUGCUGAAGCGCGUGAAGAAGUGCUGCGGGAUGCGGAGCACGGAUGUGUCCAUGGAGAACAUGGUCACGGUGGGCUUCUUCUCCUGCAUGGGCACCCUCUGCGUCGGGGCGGCCGCCUUCUCCCAGUACGAGGACUGGAGCUUCUUCCACGCCUACUACUACUGCUUCAUCACAUUGACUACCAUCGGGUUUGGGGACUACGUAGCCCUGCAAACCAAGGGAGCCCUGCAGAAGAAGCCGCUCUACGUGGCCUUCAGCUUCAUGUACAUCCUGGUGGGCCUGACGGUCAUCGGGGCCUUCCUCAACUUGGUGGUGCUCAGGUUCUUGACCAUGAACAGCGAGGACGAGCGUCGGGACGCGGAGGAGCGGGCGUCGCUGGCCGGGAACCGCGGCGGCGGGGCGGCGGGGACGGCGGCGACCGUGGCCGGGGUGGGCCGAGACCCCCGGCGGGGCCGGCCGCCGCGCUUCCGGGCGGAGGUCGCGGACCUGCAGUCCGUCUGCUCCUGCCUGUGCUACCGCUCCCGUGAGUACACCAGCAGGGUGGUCUCCCACCAGAACUCGUUCAGCUCCAAGCUGAACCCCCAGUACUUUCACUCCAUCUCGUACAAGAUCGAGGAGAUCUCGCCAAGCACACUGAAGAACAGCCUCUUCCCCUCCCCUGUCAGCUCCGUCUCUCCGGGGCCCUUCAGCUUCCCCGAGAGCCACGGGCUGAUGAGGCGGCGGCGGUCCAUCUGACAGGGGGCCCGCGCCUCCGCCUCGGUUUCCCUCCGGGUCUUUGAUUUGGGGCCUUCCCCCGCCGGAGAGCGAGGGGACGGCGGGGACGGAACGCUGCCAGCCUCCCGGGGUGACUCAGUACUGAGCAUGAAGCAUGGAUUGUUACUUUUCCAGCAAAGUAUGCCUUACAUUAUGACCCCCACCCUCCACCGUUUGGUGGUGCUGAGGGGCCAGAGGGGGCGGGGAGUGGCGGGGCCCCAAUCCAAAGCUGCGGUGUUGCGGGCCGUCCCCGAGGGGGUGAGGGUCCAGGGGAAGCCGGGGGGAGGGGGGCGUGAGGCCCCAAUCCAAAGCUGCAGCGGCGUGACCCCCCGUGGCGGGUCCAGAGGCGACCGGCAGCGGUUCGGCCCCAGUCCAAAGCUGCCCACGAGUGGGAGGACCGUCCCCUUCCCCCCGGCCCGGGACCGUCAGGCCUGACAUGUUCUCCGCGGGGCGGGGCGGGGCGCUGUGCCGGGGCUGUUCCAGUCUGCAGCUGAGGCCGUGACACAUUUAAAAGCAUCAGGUAUUCCAUUUUUUUUUCUUCUCCAGCGAUUGUGUUACACAGCAAGCUUUCGACUUGUAGACUGCUUCCAAGAGAAAAGAAAAAAAAAGCCAAAAACCCUUUGAUUCAUCAUUUUGCCAAAACAAGCAUGUAAGCAGUCUGUAUGCCAGGUCUAACCUUUUUUAAAACUGCGAGGUUCUAGAUUGUAUUCAACAUUUUUUAAAACGGGGAGGGGAGGGGGGCAGGAAGAGAUGGAUCAUUUUAGCUUGCCAGUUCAAAAUUAAAAAAAAAAAGCAUGCACUUUGUACAACUGGUAUGCAUUAUUAACACAAGGAAAACUAGCAACGGAAUACAUAAUCAAAAGCAAGUGAUAUUAUUCAUUUAUUAAACUACAUCUCCUCCUGUUCCAACAAUUUACUGGGCAGCUGGAAUUUUUAAAGGAAACUGGAAAAUUGUUGGAACGACAGAGAGUCUAUUGGAUUAUUUUGUCCUCAUUGAUGCACUUAUCAUUUUUGUGCGGCAUCCGCCUGCAUGAACACGAGUUCUAUUUUUGGAAUGCUUGGGUAAGGAUGGGUCAGAGGUCGAUGUAUAUUUUUUUCUAAUAAAAAGUGGCAGGGCAAUCCUUGUUUUAAAAAAAGA